AUGCUCAGACCCACGACGUCAGUGGCUACCGCACGAUAUGGCAAAUCGCCAAGCGUCCGUUUGCACAAAACUGAACAAUCAAUAUCUCCCUCAAGUACUCUCGGCAUGCAAACGAAAUGGAGCUCCUACCCACACCCAGAAGGCCAGCUGUACUUCCAAGCAAGACUUGCCAACUAUGUCGUUGUGACAGAAGCCAAUGUUUAUAGGCAAGAGACCGAGAACCAGGUGUCUGGCUGCCUCAAGUUUAUCGAUGACAUGAUCUCGCAGCAGCAGAUUAUGAUGCCGCCCUCGUCAGAGCUAUUCAUAGAGCUUGAUGAAUCUCCACUCUCCUGUGCCUACUACUUCGUAGACCAUGAUACCCGGCGUAUCUUCUGGAUUGAACAGACUUCUACAGAACUGCUCGAUAUGGGAAUGAUUGUCUCUGACUCCCAUCGCGACAUCGCUUUAGAAAGGCUGUAUUGGGUCCAUGUGGAAUUCUUCCCGAUGCACAUAUACGCACAAUUGCCACCUCAGAUGGUAGACGAUUUAAUCGGCGUCAUGUCUCAUGGGGCAGCAGACCGUAUGACAUCACGAUCAUCUACGUUUCCAUACACUGCAGAGAGAUGUAGUCAGAUGUUGCAACUACUGUCUCUGCAACGAGGGCGGGCCCUUGAUGGACACACAUUAUGCUUUGUUGCUCGUCUAUGGGGCGCAAUAGAAAACCAGCGGUUUUUGACUUACUAUGGACAAGAGCAUGCCCAAUUAGAUAGGCUGCAAAUCAUGACGCCCGAAGAAGAUCUGGAUCACCAAUGGGUGAAAACAAUUGCAAACCUGGCCUUGUGGGGAAUCCCCGACCGAUUUUUUUUCGAACUCCAUGAAUUGUUUGCAAAUGAGCAAGUGUUUGUGGAUCAAUGGGAAAUUUUCAUGACGACAUGUGUUUCAGAGUGGCAUACAGCAGUUAUUUGGGUGCGCACAUUUCUGAUCAACUGCGGGCGCCGUCAUGAUCGUUCUUUUUAUAGUGCUACCAUUCUCUCUUGCCUGUUAUCUCGUGCUUCUUUGUCAUCUGCCUUACCGGCCAUUCUCUCAGCGUCUGGGAGCCUCGCCGUAGGAUCGAUCCUACUCCUUAAGCACCACGGACUAGAAGACGCCACUGCAUCAUUUGCUGCGCGCUACCUGAGAGCCGCAAAAUCGCGCUCGAUUGGAAUGCUCCCAUCUGCCAUCGUCUUUAGUUUGCCCAAAGGCCUCUAUCUAUGGAGCAUCGUCUUUAUGGUGGCCCACUUUCUCUUACUGACGUCUCACGUGGUCGGCGGACUCGCAAUGUUUGGAGGCGCCUGUUUUUUGAUACUACUUGUGUGGGCUGCCCUAUAUGUCACGUCUCCAGAUGAGUACGACCAGAGUUCUAUACUUAGCAAAAUCCUGUGUCGCUGGCAUUCAAUCCAAGGAGAUCCUGAAGGGGGAGGGGGAGGAAGCUCCGUAUGA